CAGUAACACAACACUUUUUCCACCCAACUCUACAGUCAGACAGCACAAUGGGUUCAGAAAAAAAAGUUGCCGAGAACAUGCUUUGGGGAGGUCGCUUCACGCAGGGCCUUGACCCUGUGAUGGAGCAGUACAACGCAUCUCUCCCGUACGACCGUCUCUUCUACGAACAGGACAUUGCCGGUUCAAUUGCAUUUGCGCGCGCAAACAAGAACAAUGGCAUCUUGACCGCCGACGAGUUCGCUGCCAUUGAGAAGGGCUUCGUCCAGAUCAAGGAAGAGUGGGCGAACAACACUUUCGAAGUCAAGCCUAACGACGAGGACAUCCACACAGCCAACGAGCGCAGGCUGAGCGAGAUCAUCGGCAAGGACAUUGGCGGCAAGCUGCAUACAGGGCGAAGCAGGAACGAGCAGGUCGCGACCGAUAUGCGGUUAUGGCUGCGAGACCAGCUACACACACUGGAGGGUUACCUGAAGCAGUUGAUUCAGACCUCAGUCCAGCGAGCGGAGGCCGAGAUUGACGUGAUCAUGCCCGGCUACACACAUCUGCAGAAGGCUCAGCCCAUUCGAUGGUCACACUUUAUCCUUGGCCAUGCUACCGCAUUCUCUCAGGAGCUCGAGCGCCUACGAGAAGUCAUCAAGCGUGUCAAUCGCUCCCCUCUGGGCUGCGGUGCGCUUGCCGGCAACCCCUUCAACAUCGACCGCGAUGCCAUGGCCAAGGAGCUUGGCUUUGAGGGUCUCCUGCCAAAUUCGUUGAACGCAGUCGGCGACCGAGACUUCGUCUUCGAGACCCUGCAGUGGGGAUCCAGUCUCAUGCUCAAGAUGUCUCGAUGGGCCGAAGAUCUGAUCAUCUACUCGAGCCUCGAGUUCGGCUUCGUGCGCCUUGCAGACGCAUACUCGACCGGCAGCUCCCUCAUGCCGCAGAAGAAGAACGCAGACUCGCUCGAAUUGAUCCGCGGCAAGAGCGGUCGCGCCUUCGGACACAUGGCCGGUCUCUACGUGACCAUCAAGGGCCUGCCCACAACCUACAACAAGGACUUGCAAGAGUCUGUCGAGCCGCUGAUCGACCACAUCAAGACCGUCGGCGACUCACUGCAGAUCGCUACUGGCGUCAUCUCCACUCUGACUAUCAACAAGGAGAAGAUGUAUGCCGCGCUCGCACCCGAAAUGCUCGCCACAGAAUUUGCAGACUACCUCGUCAGGAAAGGCGUACCUUUCCGCGAGGGCCACCACAUCUCUGGCCGCGUGGUCGCAGCCGCCGAGGACAACGAUAUCCCCAUGGACAAGUUGAGCUUGGAGCAGCUGAAGGCUAUUGACUCGAGGUUAGGCGACGAUGUCGUCGAGUGCUUGGACUACGAGCGUGCUGUGGAGCUGAAGAACGCAAGUGGAGGCACAAGCAAGAGCGCGUGUCUGGAGCAGAUUGCUAUCAUGAAGAAGUUGUUGUAGGAUCCUCGACAACUUCCACCACUGACGGCCUCGGCUGCGCCUAAGCGCAAAUUCAUGUGGUGAUUCGAGGUGGGGCUAAAGAAUGCAACAGGUGGUACGCAGAAAAGCGGCUGUUUGGACCAGAUCGCUGUCAUGAAGAAGUCGUCGUAGGAUAAACGACGGGAUUCACAGACACCUUCAGUUGCUAGAAAGGUAGACCGGCAGCUCUAACAGUGAAG